AUGUGCGGAAAGUAUUUUGUAUUAAAUUGAAAUUUUUUUAUGUGCGAUAACUUGUGAUGUGCGCCAAUGAAAAGUUGGCACGCACGAAAUAUGAGACUAUCUAUACGAACCACGUACACAGCCGAAGUUAGAUUUGACACAUUCCGGUGUUUUUAAUAGUGUAAGCACUAUUUAAUUAUUUAAAAAUGAUAUUGCGAUCGGAGAUAGUACCAUUGUUCUUCAAAAUAUUAUUAAUAAGUUUAUUUUCCCUAGGAUUUACUACAGCCAAAGGAACAAAAUAUGUAACAUACGGAUCUGUCCUUAAAUUAAUGAACGUUGACUUCAAUCUCAGAUUACAUUCUCAUGAUAUCAGAUAUGGAAGUGGUAGCGGGCAACAAUCAGUGACAGGUAUAGAAGUUAAAGAAGAUGGUAAUUCAUACUGGCUUGUAAAAGCAGAAUAUGGAAAGCGAUAUACUCGUGGGAAGCCAAUUAAAUGCGGGGAUAUAAUUAGAUUAGAGCAUAUUGCAACAAAAAAGAAUUUACAUUCUCACUUAGUUAAUUCACCAUUAAGUGGUAAACAAGAAAUAUCUGCCUAUGGGGAUUAUGAAGGAGAAGGUGAUAGUGGGGAUAAUUGGCAAAUAGUAUGUGAAACCGAUUUUUGGGAAAGAGAUGAUAUUGUCUUGUUAAAGCAUGUAGAUACAAAUGCGUAUUUAUCCAUUAGUGGUAGAUCAUACACCCAUCUAGUUGGUCAAAUGGAAGUAAUUGGAGAUUAUUCUCCUGAUAGUCGACACAUAGAAUGGAAAACUAUGGAGGGCUUGUUCGUUCAUCCAGCUGAUUUCAAAGCACAUCAUUAUGAACAUACAGAGUUAUAAAUUUUCAUCAUGUAGAAGUAAUUUUUUUAAAUAAAUUAAGUAAUCUAUGUGUCAAUAA